AUCAUUUCAGAUGACGAUAAUGAUGGAGUUAAGAAAGCAAACGUUUUAAAAACUCUUCCCAGUCGACAAUUAUCGCUUUGGAAGCAUCGAGCGCGUAAGAAAAUGAAAGAGCGAGACCGAACGAGGGGUCAAAUCUACGAAGCCAUCAAUAACGAAGACUCUGACGAAGAGCAUGACUUUGAAAGUACCAAACGCACGGACAAACUGGGAAAAUUUGUUCAAACUGAACCUUUAGCUGUAAAAAUUCUGCGGGUGAGAAAGAGAAGGUACUAAGGGAAUUGUAAAAUAAAACAGAAACCAUAUCAAUAAUAAUAACAGGUCAACCCUGGAUGAAGGAGUGAUAUUUUAGCAUAAAUUGCAUUGCCGAUAACAUCUAUAAAAGACGUAACAGAAGGCUCUCCUCAGUUGCCAAAAGUUUCAAAGCAUCAUGUGUAAAGUACUAUUUAGAAAAGCGGCAUUUGUGUUAAAAGCCCUUAUUUCUUUAAUAAUUUUCAUUUAAUAGGUGUUAACUGUAUAUUCCAGAGGGGUUCCUAUUAAUAGCAAAAAAAUUGAGUUUAAUGAAUGUCUGGCAGCUUGGCAUAAUUUGGCCUUUUUUAAAAAUUAUAGAAUAUAUGAUGCCAGUGCUGAGGUACAGCCCACAAACGCUCUCGUUUACAACUUGAAGAUUAUUUUAACAUUUCAACACGUUUUCACACUAUUAAGUGUUGGCUUAAAAUUGGGUGAGAUUUGUUCGGAAAAUAAAAGGCAAAAUUUUCAAAGAAUGCUAUUGCAACCUGUUUCAUGGCUAAACAAAAAGUUUUUUCUUCCUUUUUUUUUUGUUUAACAGGAGUUCUACAGAAGAUAGCGAAUCACGAGGACUGUCUUCAUUCACAGCUUUAAGACUUAAUAUCGCCAUGGUAAGCCGAAGACUUAUUAUGGGCUCCUGCCGCUAUUAAUUUGAGGUCCAGGCCCCACUUGUUCAAAAAGUUGGUUAACGCUAUCCACCGGAUAAUCGCUAUCCAGAGGAUGAGUAUUACGAAAACCGAUUGCGCUAUCCACUGGCCAGAGAUUUAUCCGGUGGAUAGCGCUAUCCACCUUUCGAACAACUGGAGCCAGUACUGCAAAUUUACCCACAGAACUGAUACGUAUUCGUAAUGUCUCUAUGCAGUCUGCUGGCAUGAUGCUGGAAUGACACAGUCAACUAUAAAACACAUCAAACAUCAAACAUCAUAUCGUUACAGAGGGCCUUGGAACAGCUUCUUCCAUACUAAUGCCUUAUACUGUUAAGUUAUAGAUUUAGUUUAACUUGUCUUAUUUCCUCGCCAGGCGUCGAAGAAUGUGGGGUUCCUCUAAAAUUAAUGUGUCACUGAAAUGAGGUUUCUGUUUGUUUAGCGGUUUAAGAAAUGGUUCAGCGCAACGAAAGAAUUCCUGAACUCCUACGAGUUAUGGAGAGGUCAUUUUAAAGAGAUAGAAGGUAAUGAAAGUAUUUGUAUGAUUAGUUUUUGCUUGGGGUUAAAUUAAAAUUGUUCUUUUAAUGAACGUCUUAAAAAAACAGAAAUAAACUCGGCAGAAGCCAUCCACGUUCCUGAGGCAUUAUCUGCUCGGCUAAACCUGGACCUACUAGGAGCAAAUAAAGACUAUUGUAUAUCCAAACUUCGAGCCGGCAACAACUUUGAAAAGCGCCCGAAAAGUGCGAGACUGGGCUCCUCGUAUCUUGUAAUUUUUUUUACACAGUAUCCCCCUUUAUUAUACAUUGUAACCAAUUUCUGGCUUCUCAUUGGCUAAGAACCGUAAGUUUUAUUUUGUACAGCGCAACUUACAGAUUAGUUAGUUUUCAGCUGCUAACAGCCUAGAGCUCAACUAACUCAGGCUAAUCUAUAGGUUGCGCGCCCAUGCCAAAUGGGCUAUUGACUCAGAGGCCAUUCGGGCUCGAGGAAUAAUUGUUUUAGUAAAAUCCAACUAGUUGGUCAAAAAUAUCGAGAAUAAAAAAAAUUUAGCUUGGUAAAAGCUAGACUUUAACCCUUUUUUGCCGCCAAAAAGCCCGCGCUUUUCGCUACCAGUGGGCUAUAACAUAUAGCCUAGCAGUAGCUCAACCAAUCAGAACGCAGCAUUGAUAAUAGACCACUAGUUGCAUUUUACUACUAAUAAUUAUUAUUACUCUAGAUUUGUUUUCUGUGAUAUCCGGAGUAAUCAAGGUCUCGGUCAGUAUCACCAGCCUUAGCUAGCCUUGCCCUUUAGCUUGGCUGACAACCUCGACCUUGAGGAUUUUAUCAUUGUUUGGGAAACCUUAAAACAUUUUCUAUUCAAUAAUUCAAGGACAAUCUCUCUAUAUCCUACCAAGGGCUACUUUGUUUGCCUUUUAGGUUCAUUUGGAAAUGGUGUUCUCUCCUACUUCACGUUCCUCAAGUGGCUUUUACAGCUGAACAUUUAUAUCUUCAUUCUGACACUGUGUUUUGUAGUCAUCCCGCAAGCGAUAAGCACAGGAGAGGAGCUUCCGCUGGAAUCCCCUCAAAAUGUUUCAGUUAUCAAACCUAACAGUUCCUCAUCGCUCGUCCCAGCGAAAUUUUCUGUUUCUUUUUCACGGAGGAGAAGAGAUGUGUCGCCAAACUCUACCGAGAAGGAAGACAAUGAUAAACAAUGUCAUCUGGUUAAACCAGAAAACUAUUCACUUUAUACACACAAACCUUUCCUAAUGCUUCUUUCCGAUUUCAUUUCUGGCGUGGUAAGUAGACAUACUAAAAAAGUUUAAAUACUCAUCCAAUCUUUCUAGAGAUCUUUCAAGCGACUAUAGAGUCUGUCUUGCUCUAUAGCUGCGAGGUGUGGCCACUUACUGUCCCUAUGGAAAAAUCCCUCAAUGGAACUUAUACUCGCAUGCUCCGCCGUGUCCUAAACCCCUGUUAGCGAGAUCAAGUAACCAACGCCGAACUGUAAGGCAACCUUCCAAUUUUGUCAGACAGGAUCGGAUUAAGAAGGCUUGGUCUUUCUGGCCACCGCUACCGUCACCACCAAUUGGAAGCGAGCCAGCUUGUCCUGUGGCGGCCAACACAAGGACACCUACGACGCGGUCGCCCGUGAGUGUCUUUUUUCAUAGACACCCUUAUUAGGGCUGCUGGAGCGGUAUCUACCAGCGACCUCUAUAUACUCUACUGUAUUUCCUCCAGACAGUGCUUUAUACCUUAGAUGCACUUAGAAAACCGACUACACUGAUUUCACAUCGUCUGCACUCAGUUGCCGAGACAGCCUCGCGACUCACAGGGAGACCAGGAAUCUGCAUCAAAACCGGGAGUCUCCGGGCAGGUCCGCGUCUGUUUCAUAGUAUUAUUACAUUUUCAUUUGAUCAUCUUCAUCACCUACAACUGGAUACCGGUACCUUGUCUUGCUGAACACGCCUUGGAUUACAAGUAUAGUUGGUAUAGAGAAAUCGUUAAAAUCCCGGGGGGUUAUUCUCGGAAAUUCUUAGUGGGGGUGUGCCGCCCGGUCCUCCAAUUCAGACCAAAAAAAUUUCAUUUUCCACACCCAUUUUCAGACCUUGCCUCUAUGAAAUUAUACCAUCAGUUACUUAGCUUAGAACAACAACAGAAAGAUUUGUUAAAAUCGAUUUCGAAUUCGCAUAUUUCUCUUUCUUUCUUAUUCAUUUUGGGAUGAAAUGACAAAUACAGUACGUUCAUGCACUCCCGAAGUUCCCUCGAAAGCCAUACCCGAUUCCAGACCAAAAUGGGCAAACUCUAUACCCGUUUUCAGACCCAAAAGGCGAAAACUAAAACCUUCACUGGCCCAUUGGGGUGGCACAUACCUACAUGGCUUAUUUAAGGGAAUACCCACCCCCCGGGUUAAAAUAUUUUAACAUAGCAAAAAGGGAUUACAACAAACGCCCUCCUCUUUGUAUGAUGGCGCGGGGUCACUAGCUACAAUUGAAUAAGUCUUAUUUUAUUUCGCAGGGCUGGAUCAAUACGACUCUUAUGUAUUAUGGAAAGUACUCUGACAAGGUAGUGGUGAUUGGUGACGAAAGAACUUACUAUAACAUGCCGCUGGCGUAUUUUUUGGUGGGCUGCUUUUGCUUUUUGGUGAUCAUACUCUCAAUCCUUUGGAGGUAAGAGAAAUUGUUAAGGAACAGUAACCUUAUUUUGACAUAGAAACCUGACCGGUUGAACGGUCUAAAAGUACUGGUAAUUAAAUGUUCGUCAGUGUCAGUGUAGCGUAGAAGUCUUUAAAAACCCUAACAAAAUGAACGUACUCCUGUGGACAUAGCCUUGGUAUCAGUACUUGUUGCAUUGUUAUAAUUAUAAAUCGUUUCUGUUCUGUUUCAGUGCUUCGAGAAUAUUCGAAGAGAGCUAUGUGAAGGAAGGUAGUAAAUACUUUCACACGUACUCCAAUAAAGUGUUCGGCGGCUGGGACAUGUGCAUUGAUGAGGAUUCUGCGGCAAAACUGCAGACUAUGAGAUUUGUUAAAGAAGUAGAGGUACGUUUGAAUUACUUGGAGAAGACAGCACAGACUGAAGGUCGCAAAAAAUUUGCUCACUAUGGUUAGCUGAUUCUGAGCUUUGCAAGAAGAUAAUCACUGGACAAGUCACAGUGUUUUUAAAUACCACCAUGCACGAUCAAGAACGAUCAUUUUGUAUUAAUACAUUAAGUGAUAGCAGGACUGUAGAGAGAAGCCAAUAUACAAAAUAUAGAGUGCACUGCAUAGAGGGGUAAUUGCAGGCAAAGAAGUCAGCAUGAUCGGUGCACACACGAGGACAUUGAGCCACAAAAAGAUGCACAACUUACAAGGUUGGCACCAUUGCCAACGGUUAUAUCUAAAGCAUAUUCUGUGCCCACUUCACAUUUUUUAUGGGGCAUAAAUUCAGAACAUGCACCAUCCAAAUUUAAGCAGUUGGUAACAGGGAGAAAAAGUUUGUCUAAGUAUAUGACUGACGCCAGCCUCGAUUCACAAUCUGCGUGAACUAACACCUUUCGGACCUUUUGUAACUGUGGCGUUUAGAAAAAGUUGGGAAAGGUUCUGUACUCGCAUUGUAGUUCAUAGCUCAUUUUUCAUCACAUAUUUCCAGGCCGAUCUAGCAGAGGACUUCAGACUUGCUAAUUUAGCCAAGAGAACAACGAAGGAAAAGUACCAAAUCUACGCAAUAAGAACUGUGGUAAAUCUAAUUGUUCUGGGGCUAUCAGCGCUGUCUGCCUACUUGAUUUUUAUGGCCGCUCAAAUUUCCAUACAGGUAAUAAACAGUGGUGUGUUAUUACAGUGAAUGAUUUUAUUAAUAGUGAUAUUCCGUGCAUGAUAGACUAAUCAUUAUAGUUAGUGUCUCAUGAUAAAGUUACUUUAAUUGAUGGCAACGCUACGACGACCGCUGCGUAUACUGCUAGUCAAGUGAUCAGGUGUGGAGUUAGGCCACGCUUACCAACCUCAUUCCCAGGGCUUUUCUCUCAGUAGGCCUAGGGCGAACACAUUUACAUGAAGAAAACUUGUCUUGAGUAGAAGUGUAACCGCCUACUUGAGCUACCCUGAGCAAACCAACUCUUCAUAAAUUUCGUUAUAAAACUUGGCGGACCGUUUAUGCGAGAAAUAAAAAAUUGGCUCAGCUACUAGAAAGUUCCCAGGGUUUUCUCCUUUUCUCCAUACAUAUUCCAAGGGCCUCACUGAGAGGUACUACAUUAAAACCCCACGUAUAAGAACCUACAUUUUCCCAAGUCAUCCUGAACAGGUUCUUAUAUAAAUGGUGCUUAACUUGAAAUCAGGCUAUCUAGGUUCUUAAAUGGAUUCUUAAUUUUUGGUAAGAAAAAAAAGUACUUAUAUUGGUGGGCGUGGCCUUAUAUUUUAAAUUUUUCACACAUUUUCAUACUAGUUACAUACAUAAAUCAUACAAGAUAGUGCUAAGUUAUGCACAUGUUAUUGUUUUCUAUUGAACUUUGGAAAUUAAGAACCUACUUUGAAAUUUCAGCCUGAAAUGGUUCUUAUGUGAAAGGUGCUUAAAAUGAAAAUUUCAGCCUGAGAGGUUUCGUAAAUUUUAGGGUUCUUAUACGUGGGGUUUUAUUGUAUCUGUUUUUCUUGUUUGCGGGUUUUCGAAACCCACCAGCCACGUGUGAGGUUGGUAAAUGCACCAGUCACAAACAAUCACGGUGUUACUAGCAGUCCCGCCCAGUAAAUCGACACUAUUGCCUGAUUAAAGCCAAUGUCGCGAUCAGUAACAAAGUGACUUCUGUGAGACAAAUAAUAAACGAGCUAAACAAUGUGUCAUUAUAUUAAGUCAAAAAGUGUGAAAUCUUAAAUUUGGCUUUAAUAACCACGUCAUGUACAAGAAAUUCUAUCAAAAGUUGUACGGGAUUCAGUAAUGUGAAUGUUUUUUAAGGGUUGGUUUCGGUUUUCCUCGGAUUGAUAACAAGAUUGAGACUUAGAUUUGAAAACAUACUAAGAACACCCGAUAUAAUUAAAUUCUCGGAUUAUACUUGAGAAAAGACCCCAACCCAAUGUGGACCAGUGCAGCCAUUCUUUGAAUAAUGCGUUUUCACUCACGUGGCCUGCAGCUAUGAAAAGUUUCCCCCAGGAUUGGUUUGGAACAGCAAGAUGGCCGCCGUUUAAGGCGGAAGUGACGUCAUGUGAAAACGCUCUAUUGAUCUGAAGGGUGCGGCAAAACAAGAUUGGCGUUUCUUUUAAUGAUUGAAUUUAUUCAAUAAAUCUUUCUUCAGUUUAAUUUAGGAUUUUGACGUUAUUUGUUUUAUGUCUUUUUCCGGCUAUAUGAUAGACAUCUCAAGUUGAUGUGGAUAUCAAAGCGUCAACAACAACAGAUUUAAUGCAACUACUCAAGAGUUUCGCCUCCCCUAUAACUCUCUCAGGGUUAGGCUUCAUUGUUCCCAACAUAUUUUACAUUCUUUCGCGUUUAGAGGACUGGAAUCCAAGGGUCCACGUCAACAUUGAUUUAGCCCGGUAAGAAUUGGAAUUAUGACGUCGUAUUCACCAAACUCAGUAAUUCAUAAUAAUUCAUUUAUCCCUACAUAUUUUCAGAACGGUGCUACUGAAAUUGGCCUCGGUUGCUGUACUUGUAAUUUCUUUAUACAACAGGAUAAAAAGCACCUGUAUGUUGGUGAGUCAAAAUCAGUUGUUGUUUAACUCAGUUAUGAAAGUGAACAGCCUCUAUAGAAGACGUUCUUAGUGCUUCUUUGGAAGCUCUAAAAAUCUCUACUUGGUGACUAUGGGGCAGACUUAUCAAUUCGAUCUCGUGCCGAUAGGUCACGUGAAUCAGUGAACAUGUUUUCUCUUGGAAGCAGUUUUUUGCUCGUGUAAGGGCAAAAACUGCACUCACCCAUAACCUGAGAUCAGGCUCUAUUUUCGUUUCCAAUUUCAGCGGUAGUCGUUAGAGAGAAUGUAUGAGAACCGCUCAAAUUGGGCCUAAUCUCAGGUUAACUCACCCACAAACAGAUUCACACGUUUUAACUCUUCUUUUUCCCUCAGUGUUGGGAGAACGUGAUUGCUGCAGAAAUCUACAAGCUGAUAUUGAGCGACUUCUUCGUCACACUCUUCGUUAUAAUUGCUGUUCAAACACCUCGAAGGUGCGUGCUAUGAUUAUAAUGUAACAAGGUUCAAACGAGUAUUAGAAAUUCUUAAGGUAGUAUUAUCGCUAUUCUUGUAAUCAGUGUAGCUUAGCAUGACAAUAACGAAGAACAGUUCUGAAGAAGAAGAAGAAGCUACACUACACCAGGAACUGAUAGAGAAUUGUUUCUGAUUUUGAUAGUCCAGAAACGGCGCUCUAGUCACUGUGCUUCGAACGGAACGGUGCCGGUUUCUUCGGUAAAUACUUCGGAAAAAGAAUAGGUUAAAAGACUGCUGCGCCUUAUUUUUCACCCACUACUUAGAGUUUGAAUACCUGGCAAAACAGUCAUUUUCGUGUUUGAUGUCACAGACUAUAUUUCGCAACCUCAUUAAUUAUUCAUGUGAAAAAGAUUAAAUCAAAUUGACCGUAGGGAUAGCUUCAGCUAAGAAUUUUCUCAAGAAAUUUUAAUUAGCAAAUCGUGUUUCAACUUACUAUAUUAUUUGUCCAUUGUUAGGUACUUUGCGGAUUAUAUAUAUUUAGGAUGCGAUGCUGGAAAGAAGAUUGGUCGCCCGGAGUUCAUUCUUCCAGAUAAUGUACUUGAGCUUGUUUAUGGGCAGUCGUUGAUAUGGUAAAGUUUUCAUUUAUUGAAUUAAAUUCUAACAAAUCGAAAAUAAUUCACGUGCAGAAGUAAAAGACGUGACAUUCAGUUCAGUUCCGUUUUAUCCUUGUAGGCCAUGAUUUCCAACUUCUAACAUCUCUCACUUUUUUAAGGAGGCUAAUUGCGAAACCUUCCUUGCGAGAAUGAAUUUCAUUUUCAUGUUUAAAAAUCAUUUUCAUAUCAAUAGAUGUCUUUGCACUUAGCCUCGCUUUGAAACAGAGGCUUGGAGCAACUCAGAAAUGGCUUAUUGUAUAUUCCUCGUAGUUCAACUCAUUAUCACCUGCUACCAUGAUAGUCAAACGCAAAAUAAAGAAAAAUUUGAACCGAGGAUUAUAAAAAGGUAUUUUAUUUGAGUAUCAAUGUAUUUAGCACGAAAGUACUAAUUGGGGACACUAUUUGUACGUCUUUUACUGGAGACGGGACCGCUAUUUUACGAGGUCAUCCAAUCCACGCGAAGGUCAAGCCAUUUGCUGGGCAAAGGCAGUACCUUCAUUUCUCAGUUAUUUUAAGACCCUGAGUAUUGGUCCUGUCCCGGGAAUCGAGCCCGCGACCUCGCGCUCACAGUGGAAUUUCACGCUUUUUUGUGUUUCCCUUUCAAUAUUUUAGGAUUGGAACAUGGUACAGCCCAUUUCUACCGCUAAUGGCGAUCAUUAAAUUGCCAAUCACUUUCUAUGCUAAAAAGGUAGGCCGGAUAUUUCAGUCGUGUUUUUCUUAGCCACUUUUUCAAAGUACGGCCUGUUAAAGAUAUAGUCCUCAUUUGCCAUUUCACUGCCUUCCACUAUGAUUUUAAGAUUGCUAGUUAAAAUUACAAGCAUGCUAUAAUAUAUCCCACCGUUUUCGUCUUUUUAUGAGAGGACAAAAGAAAACCUUAUGUCGAAAAUAACAAAUAAAGUAAGGAAAAUCCAUUAUCGUAUAUUUAUCCAGGCUACUGUACUUCACAACUGUAGAAGUGGCAAGGCGUACAGAGCAGGAAGGUCAAACUACUUCUUUAUGAUCCUUUUACUUGGGACGUUCCUCCUUUGUCUGGCGGCAGUGGCUUAUGGGAUAACACAGUAAGCAUUACUUUCAUGAUUAAAGCGCAAUGAAAUUGCAUUAUGUGCCAACUUGGGGAGGGGAAGGGUUGGGAGGAGGUGGGCACUGUUGCGCGCAGUAUUGUAGCAGUGUGAUUUUUCUUUCUCGACAUCGGGCUAAAUAACUGAAUUUUUUAUCGCGUGUCUACUACCCGUGUCAUUUCUUAAAAUGGUAUGAACUAAUUUUCCAAUCUUCAGCCAGUCACCUCAUCAUCAUCAUAUCCUUUAUUUUAACUAAUCAAUAAACCAUGCUGCGCCUAAUAUCACGGGUAAUGUUUCACCACGUAGGUCCGGGACUGGUAAAUAACGUUGGCGUCAACAUAGUCACCCUUUCUACUGCUGAUACUGCUUCUUAAAACAAAGGAAUUACUAAAUCGUUGUUCCGGCUUGGCUUUCAAUGCCAUAGUCUGCAUGCAUUCAGACUUCUUUCUUAAGAGACAUCUCCACGCUGUUAACUCUCACUUUUCCAUUUUAGUGGCAUUUGUGAUUGGGUUGACGUUGUAGAAAUUCCUGAUUAUUAGCUACUAUUCUAAUUAAUGUUUUGAUCUGAUACCAAGACAAAUCGUUGUUGUUCUUUUUUCACGUGUUUUCUUGUUAUAUAUUAGAAUUCGCCCGUCGGAAUUGUACGGACCUUUUAGGUAA